AUGGUCGUGGCCGGGGAUUUCAACGCAAAAUCAGCGUUGUGGGGCUCCCCGGUCACCGACAGACGUGGCAGGAUCCUGGAGACAUGGGCGGCGGGCCUGGACCUGGUCAUUGUCAACUCCGGACAGGUACAGACUUGUGUGAGGCGGCAGGGGGGAUCGAUAAUUGACCUCACGUGGGCCAGUCCCCCUGUCGCCCGCAGGAUAGAGGGAUGGAGGGUGGCCGAGGAGACGGAGUCGCUCUCCGAUCACCUAUUUAUAGAAAUGUCUCUCUCGGUCAUCCCACCGGAGGUCCAGGCUCGUCGUAGGGUGGCGGAAUCACGUUUUCCCAGGUGGGCGUUGAAGAAGAUAAAUACGGACUUGAUCAGGGCGGCCAUGAGUGUGUCGCUCUGGGCGGAAGACCCGGUAUCUUCCUCAGAGGAGGUAGACGAGGCCGCUGGCUGGAUCGGGGAUUUAAUGGCGGCUGCGUGUGACGCCGCCAUGCCCCGAAUAAAGCCAAUGGUGAGAAAGGCGGCCUACUGGUGGACGGAGGAGAUCGCCGAGUUACGGCGCUCCUCCGUCCGGGCUAGACGCCGCUGGCUAAGGGCCAGACGCAGCCAAGACCAGCGACGGAUGGACGAGACGGGAGUGGAGUACCGUUCCGCCAAACGGCUCUACUCCUGGGCCAUCAAGCAGGCCAAGGACAAGUCCUGGCAGGAACUACUGAAGGCCCUGGACGAGGAUCCGUGGGGGCGUCCCUACCGCAUGGUGUUGAACAAAUUGCGGACAUGA